AUGAGCCUUAGUAGCGCCCGACAUGGCCAACCGACCGUGCAACAUGCGCCCAGGGGGUCAAUUCCCCCACUACGCCAGAUUCGCUUCGUCUCAACAGACGGCCAACCACAUACAAAGAGGAGGAGGAUAAACGCAGCGUGCCUGACGUGUCGCAAACGGAAGACGCGUUGCUCCGGAGAACGACCUGAAUGCAAGACAUGCACCGACUACGGCCAUGAGUGUUCGGGCUAUGCGGAUCGGCCGAGCCGCGAGGAUGGCCGAGUCGGAGAGAACGAUGAAGAGGAGGUCGACCCCGGUGUGCGAACAUCUCAGACACUCUCGAACGAUGUCGACGCCACGGCACGUGUGUCUGACGCGGUAGAGCAGUCAGAGAGAGAGCGCCGGACUGCCGUGGACGACAUCAUCAGCCCCGCGAGCAAUCACACGGGCAGCAGCUUCACGUCCUCCAGGAACCGUGUGCCCUAUUUUCGCUACUUCGGGCCAACCGCCAUCGUGCCAGGUUUCAAGCAGAUGGUUGUGCAAAUCAAGGAUCACCAGUCGAGUCUGCCUUCUGCUGGUGAAGGAUCUCCAGCCUCAGGACAGCCGUCGAACGCACCCGUUCAUGCUGGUCACGACAGAGCGCCCGUUGUGGUGCCAUUUUACGACGCCACUGAUCCGGACCCGGUCGCUCCCUUGAUCGUCCAUCUGUGCGACACGUUCUUUAUACGCCUGGGGUGCAACUAUCCAUUCCUCCAGCGAGAAAGGUUUUUGAAAGACUUGGAAGAAAAGAAGGUCGAUGCAAUUCUGGUCGAUGCCGUUUGUGCAGUCGCAGCUCGCUUUUCUUCGCAUUCUUUGCUGUGCACCUCGAAAGACCUUUCCGUCCCCGUGGACGACGAGGGUAAUGUUUUACGAGCGUUUCGCGGACAACCAUUCGCGCAACGCGCCAUGUCGGCUGUGAUUGACACUUUCUCCUGUCCCACCAUCGCUGUCGCUCAAGCAUGCUUGCUGCUGGCAUACGAAGAAUUUGGCACCGACCACGACAGCGGGCUCUGGAUGUAUCUGGGGACUGCCAUCCGCAUGGCUCAAGACUUGGGAAUGCAGAAGUUGGAAGGAUUGCAGCUUGAAGGCAGAAUUGGACCUACCCCAAAAACUGUCAAGCACGGCCAGGCUGGCAAGGUGCAAGAGCAAAAGCGGUUCGAACAGCAACAGAAUCUGUCACAGAAUCUGCCAGAGGUUCUCAACGCGGAGCUUGAUGACCGAAGAGCGAGCGAACAGGAACGGGUCGAUACCUUCUGGGCCAUCUUCUUCCUCGAUAGAGCUGUCUCGUCGGGUGUCGGCCGGCCCGUCACUCUACGCGACAAAGACAUUGAGAUAUCGUUCCCUUACCGUGCUGACAAGAUGAUAACCGGGGGCUAUCCGGAUCCCUUCCCUGCCAUGAUUCAGAUCGUCCACAUGUAUGGACGAGUUGCGGAUGUUCUAAACAACAUCAAAGACGUGAGCCAGGUCAUCCCUGAAGUGUUGAAACGGUUGGCGAGCAUGGAGAGAGACUUGACAGGAUUCUACCAGCGUUUGUCUCCCAAGUUACAUUUCAACGCCACCAACUUCCAACAGUAUGUGAAGGCAGGUCAUGGCACCAAUUUCAUCUUGCUCCAUUUCUGGUUCCACACCUUGAUCGUUCUGGUCCAUCAGCCUACACUGCUUCAUUCCUUUGAAGGCCGAAUCCAGCAGCUUUUCCCUGACAGCAGGGAAUUGUCCAUGUCGUCCGCAAAGACCAUUGCAGACAUCUUGGCGUUUGCCGAAUUGAUUGACGUCAAGAGUUUUAUCGGCAAUCCAUUCACGAGCCAGCCUAUGUAUGUGGCUGCAUGUGCCUUUUUGGCAGAAGCUGCCGCCCAUACGUCGCAACCCUCGUCUCGGGCGACAUCGCCACGGCCAAACGGGUACUCACUGCUUACAAGACAUGCCACGAGCGAUGAAAAGGCCCAGAAAGCAGCGUCGGCCCGUCACACCCUACUCGCAACCGCGGCGAACCAAAACUAUCAGCGCUGCUACAAAGCGCUGCAGACUCUGGACUCGUACUGGGCUGGCUGCCGGUACAUCCUCACAGCACUCGACCAGAAAUCAAAAGGUCUCAUGGACCCUCUCCUGUUCACCGCGGAAGACGUAGAUGGGCAGAUGCCGUCAACGCAGCCAUCAUUCACUACACCCGGCUGGCGGAGGAGCACCUCGUUGGCUGCUUCCCUUGGCGUGGAUGCGAGGUUUCGUGGUCUCAAGGGGCGACCGGACAGAGGGACGAGUUCUUCUCCUUCGAUGGAAUUGAGUCAUGCCAUUGGUUGGUCCCUGACCGGUACCGCGAACUCGCCUGCUCCAAACCUGAGCUUCCUUUACUCAAUGAAUGAUAGUGGGAAGGGGACAUCGUUCGCACAACAGCACCAGACAGGACAAGAACAGUCGUCUACAGGGCAUCGCACAGCGAAUCGAACAACGAUGCAAGACAGCAACCCACCCUCAGCUGUCGAGGCCCAACUUACCGGGGCGGGCCAAGUCAAGACGGUUUCGUCGCUGCCAUACGAUCCCGUCUCAACAGAAGACGCGGACCUUCUCUUAGGUCUUCAUUCACCUUGCACUCCUAGUUCGGCUGUACCAGCGACCGGGACUUCCACCGUCAUGCCGCCGAAUACGAAUACCUCCAAUUAUCAACCUCAGCUGACACCCGGCUACGAGCCAGCUAUGGACCUUCAACAACAAUUUGUCGAUGUCCAAAGCCAAGAUGUGGAUAACAUGCUGAUUCGAGCACAAGAAAUCGACAUGAGCGGAGCACAGCAGUUUGAUUUUGCUUUCCCAGGCGGCGACAUGAUACCCUGGUUAGAAUACUUGCCACCGGACGUGCUGACGUAUUUCGGAGAUCAACAUUCCAGCGGUGACAUGAUAGACGCGAGUGGAUCUCUUGAGCAUAGAUGA